UGUGGGGAGACUCUGCUAGGAGUGGCCCGGCUCUUGGCUCUGCUGCCCUGGCUGGUCCCCUCCCAGGUGCCCAGGCUCAAACCCCAGCUCUGCCACCUUCCAGCUGUGUGACCUCCAGAAAGGUCACUUGUGGGACUUCCCUGGCGGUGGUCCAGUGGUUAAGACUGCACUUCCACGGCAGGACUGCGGGUUUGAUCCCUGGUUGGGGAAAUAAGAUCCCACGUGCCCCGUGGCAUGGCCAAAAAAAAAAGUCACUUGUGUGAGCUUCCUGAGUGGCUGAACAAAAUACACCACGCUGCAGCUUAAAACCACAGGAAUUUAUUGUCGCCUGGUUCUGGAGGCCAGAAAUGCAAGAUCAAGGUGUGGCAAGGCCAUACUCCCUCUAGAGGCUCCAGGGAGUGUCCUCCCUGCCUCUUACAGCUUCUAGGGGCUCCGGCCUCCUCUGGCUUGUGGCUGCAUCCUUCCAGCCUCUGUCUCCAUCUUCACGUGGCCUCCUUCCUGUGUCUUCCUUCUGUGUGUGUCUGGAAACGGCUGUGCAUCCUGCAGGAUCCCCCAGCCUGGAUUAUCUGCUGUUCUCUUGUGAUCACGCUGAGGGAAGUUCCCUUCUCACCCGGCCACAUCAGGGGUCCCUGCUGCCCACAGGGCUCCUCACUACUGACCUCACCCCUGAUCUCCUCCACCUCCCUGAAGGCGGAGUAUCUAUGUUGAUUACUGGAAAUUCUACCGGGGAGAUUUGUCUCUAUUCCCCUGUGUAUUUGUUUAUUUAACCAUUUAUAUCAGUACGGACGCCUGGGCAUUUACUUUCUAGUUUGGGUUAUAAUCCAAUAUUCCUUAAUUUUAUUCGUCAGGUUGUUCCAGAUUCGGCUGCUGGGAGCCCUGUCAGUGGCUCCUGUGUGUCACUGAGGCACUCCCAUAGUUGCUGGGUUUUAUUUAUUUAUUUGAGCACCCUCCUUACUUUCUGCCGCUACAAGACGCAGAGGGCUCCUCUGCAUAUUCUUGCUUCGUCCUAGAACCAGCCCUUUCGCCAAGGAGCCUGGUUCCUUUCCCUGGGGCACCGUUUUAAAAACCAAGAUCUGGGCGCUGGGUGUGCUGUCUUCCAUUUUAACAGGCAUUUUAAAAGUUCUACACAUAGAUGCUAAAUAAUGGAAAUCCCAAGGGCUUGUACGGAGGACACAAGGAGAUACUUGAGUAACCCGCUUCGAGGCUCUCACCUGUGAAGGGGACCAAAUUUCCGGCGCCCAGAGAACGGGCUGGGGCUCCGGGCACGGAUGUCGGGUCUCUAGGGGAGUUCACAGCCUGCCUCCAGAACUAUUAACGCGAACUCCGUCCUGUCCUGGCCCCUGGCUGGUGCGUGGGUUUUUUCCCCCACCCCGCUACUCCAGCCGGGCCCCCAGACAGCCCGGCCCCCCAAACCUUUGCCCAGGCGGUGCCGGUCACCCGGUGCACGCUUCUCUGCAAUCCUAGGUCUUUCUGGAAAAGACCUUUCAAACUGGGGAGAGUCCAACAGCAAUAGAACCAAUUUUUGGAAAACGAAUUGCGGAUGGGGUUUGAAUCCAGAGGGACCCUCAAAGUGUUAAGGAACCUCGCUUAUAGAACCCAGUUAUAACACCGCGGAUACCAGAAAAGAAAAGGCAAAAUAUGGAACGCUUCACGAAUUUGCGUGUCAUCCUUGCGCAGGGGCCAUGCUAAUCUUCUCUGUAUCGUUCCAAUUUUAGUAUAUGUGCUGCCGAAGCGAGCACAGUAGUACAGUUGAUCCCAGAACUAUUUAGAGGGCAUAGACUACGCUCUUUUGCACUAAGGGCGAACUCCAUUAAAAACCGGUUCAGCCAUUCGUCCCUUCUUUUAUGAUAUUUGUGCAACAAUACCUUAACCAAAUGGGGUCAUUCACUGAAAUUGAGAAAGUGGUUUUUGUUCCACCAAAUAUGACUCAGGUGGCUGCUGGGAAUCCAUGGUCGCAUGCAAAUUAUACUGGAAGAGGGGCGGAGCCGGAGCCGCUGCCGUCCCAGAAGUCUCUGGGAAGCGGCUGCGCUGCGCGGGCGAAUCUUUGCUCCUGGGAAGAUGGCGGCGGCGGAGCCGGGGCAUUAGGGCAAGUGCAGGCUGCGGCCACCCGCUCGGCUGGACGCACAGGCCGGCCCGGUGGGCACAAUGGACCUGGCUUACAUCUGCGAGUGGGAGAAAUGGCCCAAGAGCACCCACUGCCCGUCGGUGCCCCUGGCCUGCACCUGGUCCUGCCGUAACCUCAUCGCCUUCACCACGGACCUGCGGAGUGACGACCAGGACCUGACCCGCGUGAUCCACAUCCUGGACACCGAGCACCCCUGGGACGUGCACUCCAUCUGCUCGGGGCACAGCGAGGCCGUCACCUGCCUCGAGUGGGACCAGUCAGGCUCGAGGCUGCUGUCUGCUGAUGCCGAUGGGCAGAUCAAGUGCUGGAGCAUGGCCGACCACCUGGCCAACAGCUGGGAGAGCCCCGUGGGCAGCCUGGUGGAGGGGGACCCCAUCGUGGCCUUGUCGUGGCUGCACAACGGUGUGAAGCUGGCCCUGCACGUGGAAAAGUCGGGUGCCUCCAGCUUUGGCGAGAAGUUCUCCCGAGUCAAGUUCUCGCCGUCGCUCACGCUGUUUGGGGGCAAGCCCAUGGAGGGCUGGAUUGCGGUGACAGUCAGCGGCCUGGUCACCGUGUCCCUGCUCAAGCCCAGCGGGCAAGUGCUGACCUCGACGGAGAGCCUGUGCCGGCUGCGUGGCCGCGUGGCCCUGGCCGACAUCGCCUUCACGGGUGGCGGCAACAUCGUGGUGGCCACGGCAGACGGUAGCAGUGCAUCCCCAGUGCAGUUCUACAAGGUGUGCGUGAGCGUCGUCAACGAGAAAUGCCGCAUCGACACCGAGAUCCUGCCCUCGCUGUUCAUGCGCUGCACCACUGACCUCAACCGCCGGGACCGGCUCCCCGCCAUCACCCAUCUCAAGUUCCUGGCCCGAGAUAUGUCAGAGCAGGUGUGCCCGCCCGGCCACCCUGUGGUGCUGCUGUGUGCGUCCAGCCAGACCAGCAGCGUGGUGGAGUGCUGGUCUCUGCGCAAGGAGGGGCUCCCAGUGAACAACAUCUUCCAGCAGCUCUCACCCGCCGUUGGUGACAAACAGCCCACGAUUCUCAAAUGGCGGAUUCUGUCAGCCACCAACGACCUGGACCGCGUGUCCGCCGUGGCGCUGCCCAAGCUCCCCAUCUCGCUCACCAACACCGACCUGAAGGUGGCCAGCGACACCCAGUUCUACCCCGGCCUCGGGCUGGCCCUGGCCUUCCAUGACGGCAGUGUCCACAUCGUGCACCGGCUCUCGCUGCAGACCAUGGCCAUCUUCUAUAGCUCCGCAGCGCCCCGCUCCGUGGACGAGCCAGCUAUCAAGCGCCCUCGGACCACGGGCCCCGCCGUCCACUUCAAGGCCAUGCAGCUCUCCUGGACUUCCCUGGCCCUCGUGGGCAUCGACAACCACGGCAGGCUGAGCAUGUUGCGCAUCUCGCCCUCCAUGGGCCACUCGCUGGACGCGGGGCUGGCCCUGCGGCACCUGCUCUUCCUGCUGGAGUACUGCAUGGUGACUGGCUACGACUGGUGGGACAUCCUGCUGCACGUGCAGCCCAGCAUGGUGCAGAGCCUGGUGGAGAAGCUGCAUGAGGAGUACACGCGCCAGAAGGCCGAGCUGCAGCAGGUCCUCUCUACCCGGAUCCUGGCCAUGAAGGCCUCGCUCUGCAAGCUGUCACCCUGCGCAGUGACCCGCGUGUGCGAGUACCACGCCAAGCUCUUCCUCAUCGCCGCCAGCUCCACGCUCAAGUCGCUGCUGCGCCCGCACGUGCUCAACACGCCCGACAAGAGUCCCGGCGACCGGCUGACGGAGGUCUGCGCCAAGAUCACGGAUGUCGACAUUGACAAGGUCAUGAUCAACCUCAAGACGGAGGAGUUCGUCCUGGACAUGAACACGCUUCAGGCGCUGCAGCAGCUCCUGCAGUGGGUGGGCGACUUCGUGCUCUACCUGCUGGCUAGUCUGCCCAACCAGGGCUCCCCGCUGCGGCCCGGCCACAGCUUCCUGCGGGACGGCGCGUCGCUGGGCGUGCUGCGGGAGCUGAUGGUCGUCAUCCGCAUCUGGGGCCUGCUGAAGCCCAGCUGCCUGCCUGUGUACACGGCCACCUCCGACACCCAGGACAGCAUGUCCCUGCUCUUCCGCCUGCUCACCAAGCUCUGGAUCUGCUGCCGCGAUGAGGGCCCCACGAGCGAGCCGGAUGAGGCGCUCGUUGACGAGUGCUGCCUGCUGCCCAGCCAGCUUCUCAUCCCCAGCCUGGACUGGCUGCCCGUCAGCGAUGGCCUCGUCAGCCGCCUGCAGCCCAAGCAGCCCCUGCGUCUGCACUUCGGCAAGCCUCCCGCUCUGCCCGGCAGUGCCACCAGCUUGCAGCUGGACGGCCUCAUCAGGUGCGUGCCCAUCUCUGCCUCGGGGCCUUUGCACGUGCCGUGCCCGCUGCUUCCUUCCAGCCUGACCUUAGCGCUGCUCCAGAGACUCCCCCACCUCCACCCUCUCUCCCCUCCUGGUCACUUCCCUCCAUCCAGUCGCCUCGGCCUGUACAUGCAGUCAGGAGGCAGCUGGCCAGGACCCAAACCCAGCACCCCACGGGCCGCCUGCCUGAAAUGGUGCUCGAGCGAUGAAUCCCCAAGUGGAGGUUCGCGUCCCCGCCUUCCCGGGAAGCGCUCUGGACCUGCCCUCAACACCUUCUGUGUUUUCUUGCACGUCUCGCUGUGGGAGGAACAGCCUGAUGAAUCACACGCUGUGGGCGCCGGGCCAGCCCAAGAUGGACCACCUGCGGAGGCUGCACCUGGGCGCCUACCCCACGGAGGCCUGCAAGGCCUGCACCAGGUGCGGCUGUGUCACCAUGCUCAAGUCACCCAACAAGACCACGGCCGUCAAACAGUGGGAGCAGCGCUGGAUCAAGAACUGCCUGUGUGGGGGGCUCUGGUGGCGGAUGCCCCUCAGCUACCCCUGACUGCGCCCAGGCCCCUCGCGGCUUCGUCCCCUCCCACCACGGCCUGUGGCGCCCCUGGCACCAUGAUCUCGACCAAGGAGAAGAAUAAAAGCCCGAAGGACAGCAUGACGCUUCUGCCCUGCUUCUACUUCGUAGAGCUGCCCAUAGUGGCGUCCUCCGUCGUGUCUCUCUACUUCCUGGAGCUGACCGACCUCUUCAAGCCGGCCAAGGUGGGCUUCCAGUGCUACGACCGCGCGCUCUCCAUGCCCUACGUGGAGACCAGCGAGGAGCUCAUCCCACUACUCAUGCUCCUCAGCCUGGCCUUCGCUGCGCCUGCGGCCUCGAUCAUGGUGGGCGAGGGCCUGCUGUACUGCAUGCAGUCCCGGCUGUGGGGCCGCAGCGGGGGCCCGGGCGGGCCCGAGGGCAGCAUCCACGCCGGCGGCUGCAACUUCAACUCCUUCCUUCGGCGGACGGUGCGCUUUGUAGGCGUCCACGUGUUCGGCCUGUGUGCCACAGCCCUGGUGACCGACGUCAUCCAGCUGGCCACGGGCUACCACGCACCCUUCUUCCUGACGGUCUGCAAACCCAACUACACCCUGCUGGGCACAUCGUGUGAGGCCAACCCCUACAUCACGCAGGACAUCUGCUCCGGCCACGACACCCACGCCAUCCUGUCUGCACGGAAGACCUUCCCAUCCCAGCACGCCACUCUGUCUGCCUUCGCUGCUGUCUACGUGUCGGUGAGUCCCGGCCGGCCCAGCCAUGCCCUGGACACCCCACCAGGACCGGCUGCCCUGACCACCCGGCCUGCCCCCCUGCAGAUGUACUUCAACUCGGUCAUCUCGGACGCCACCAAGCUGCUGAAGCCCAUUCUGGUGUUCUCCUUUGCCAUCGCGGCGGGCGUCUGUGGCCUCACCCAGAUCACGCAGUACCGCAGCCACCCCGUGGAUGUCUACGCCGGCUUCCUUAUUGGUGCUGGCAUCGCUGCCUACCUGGCCUGCCACGCUGUGGGCAACUUCCAGGCCCCGCCGGCAGAGAGACCAGCGGCCCCGGCGCCUGCCAAGGAUGCGCUGCGGGCGCUGACCCAGCGGGGCCACGACUCGGUGUACCAGCAGAACAAGUCCGUGAGCACCGACGAGCUGGGCCCCCCCGGGCGGCUGGAGGGUGUGCCCCGGCCUGUGGCCCGCGACAAGACCUCACUGGGCAGCCUGAAGCGGGCCAGCGUGGACGUGGACCUGCUGGCCCCACGCAGCCCCAUGGGCAAGGAGAACAUGGUGACCUUCAGCCACACGCUGCCCCGCGUCAGCACGCCCUCGCUCGAUGACCCCGCCCGCCGCCACAUGACCAUCCACGUGCCUCUGGACGCCUCGCGAUCCAAGCAGCUCAUCAGCGAGUGGAAGCAGAAGUCGCUGGAGGGCCGCGGCCUGGGGCUGCCGGACGAGGCCAGCCCUGCGCACCUGCGGGCGCCAGCGGAGCCCAUGGCCGAGGAGGAAGAGGAGGACGAGGACGAGGACGAGGACGAGGAGGGGGAAGAAGGGGGUCCAGCCCCGCCUUCACUGUACCCCACAGUCCAGGCACGGCCGGGGCUCGGGCCGCGGGUCGUCCUCCCGCCGCGGGCUGGCCCGCAGCCACUGGUGCACAUCCCCGAGGAGGGGAUCCAGGCUGCGGCAGGCCUGUCCCCCAAGAGCAGCGCAGCCGUGCGGGCCAAAUGGCUCAUGAUGGCAGAGAAGAGCGGCACCGUGGUGGCCACAGCCUCCACGCAGCCCCGCGUGGCCAACCCGCCACGGCUGCUGCAGGUCAUCGCCAUGUCCAAGGCCCCAGGCGGGCCGGGCCCCAAGGCGGCUGAGACGGCCUCGUCCUCUAGCGCCAGCUCCGACUCCUCCCAGUACAGGUCGCCGUCAGACCGUGACUCCGCCAGCAUCGUCACCAUCGACGCCCAUGCGCCCCACCACCCUGUGGUCCACCUGUCUGCGGGUAACGGGCCCUGGGAGUGGAAGGCGGCGGGCGGCGGGGCCAAGGGGGCUGAGGGGGAGGGCGGCUAUGAGCUGGGGGACCUGGCUCGCGGCUUCCGUGGGGGACCGAAGCCCCCGGGCGUGUCCCCAGGCUCCUCUGUUGGUGACGUGGACCAGGAGGAGCCGCGGUUUGGGGCCGCGGCCACCGUCAACCUGGCCACAGGCGAGGGGCUGCCACCGCUGGGUGUGGCUGACGGGGCCCUGGGGCCGGCCAGCCGAGAGUCGACACUGCGGCGCAAAGCGGGCGGCCUGGUGCUGUGUGAGCGGGAGGCCGUGGAGGCAGAGGCGGAGAGCUACUACCGCAAGAUGCAGGCGGCCCGCAGGUUCAAGGACUGAGGGCGGGGGCGGGGCCGUGCAGCAGGGAGCGGGGUGGGGGGUCUGGCCGAACUCAGACGUGGGGCCCCAUCAGACAAUAAAAGGUGAUCGUUGAGCGGGGUGCGGCUUUUUGGAGUGUCAUUUCGGUCGCAGGGCCCAGCAGGCAGACCCGGCCUCCGGGGCCCUGCGCGCGCAACUGGGGACAGGGAUCUGUCUGGUGGAGUGCAGAUGUGGGGCCCCAUCUCCAGGCCCCCUGAAACUCCCAAGCGAGAAGUGAGGGGAACAACACGGCUGAGUUUACACAGAGGAGGAAACAGCAGUGAAACAAACAGGCCCAAUAAAGAGGGAAAUCAAGUGCAGGAUACAGAGAAUUUAUUCAGAGUCCAGUACAGACCGGCCAGACCACCUCCUACAUGUGGACAGGAAAAAAGAGCCUACAGAAAAGGUAGGAGUUGUUAUAAAAUUGCUUUAAUUCAGUUCUCUCCGCAUUACAAGCCGGCAGCGGGCAGUGGCCUGCCAUGCUCCUUACAAUACUGAGCCUGUAAUUGCUGUUAUCAAAAUAUACAUCUGUGUCACCAUAAAAAAACCGCAAUUGCUGCCCCUCACGUCUUACAACAGGUAUAAAAAAAUUAUAAAUAUUUACACCCUUGUUCCACCCCGACAUGGAAACUUGAGGCCCAGGCCCUGAAGGAGGGCCGGCCAGCACAGGGCCUGCGCGGGGAGCCCCUUGGACCCGUGAGUGCAGGACAAGGCGGUAAAGACCGGAAGGUUAGGGCUGCUGUCCCACCUCCUGGGGUCCCAGCAUUAGAGGCAGACAAAAAACAGAAACAAAACUUUGGUCCAAAAUUUGCAGGAAAAAAGAAA